AUGGGUAGUAGUAGUGUUGAAUCGUUGUUGGAGAAACACGCGGUGGUGAAGUGGGUUAUCGGAGUUAUGAUCGUUGGUGUAUCAGUAUUGGGUAUAUAUUCUUCUGGUCCAUUUGGGUUAUGGAAAAAGAAUAUUUGUAGUAGAAGAAGGAACAAAAGACCGAUUCGUGUUUACAUGGAUGGUUGUUUUGAUAUGAUGCAUUAUGGUCAUUGUAAUGCUUUGCGUCAGGCUCGUGCUCUUGGUGAUCAAUUGAUUGUUGGGGUUGUUAGUGAUGAUGAAAUUAUUGCUAAUAAGGGUCCUCCUGUUACCCCUUUACAUGAAAGGUUGAUUAUGGUGAAUGCUGUGAAAUGGGUUGAUGAGGUUAUUCCUGAAGCUCCAUAUGCGAUAACUGAGGAAUUUAUGAAGAAGCUUUUUGAUGAGUAUAAUAUAGAUUACAUUAUUCAUGGGGAUGAUCCUUGUGUUCUUCCAGAUGGAACUGAUGCUUAUGCUCAUGCCAAAAAGGCUGGCCGUUAUAAACAGAUCAAGCGCACUGAAGGAGUUUCUAGCACUGAUAUUGUUGGUCGAAUGCUGCUGUGUGUAAGAGAAAGGGCUAUUACUGAUACUCAUAAUCAUUCUUCUUUACAAAGACAGUUCAGUAAUGGGCGUGGUCAGAAGUUUGAUGACGGCGUUGUUGCUAGUGGAACCCGUGUAUCUCAUUUUCUGCCUACAUCUCGUAGAAUUGUCCAGUUCUCAAAUGGGAGGAGUCCAGGACCUGAUGCACGCAUUGUAUAUAUAGAUGGUGCUUUUGAUCUCUUUCAUGCUGGACAUGUGGAGAUCUUGAGGCUUGCCCGGGCUCGUGGAGAUUUUCUACUUGUUGGAAUACACACGGAUCAGACAGUCAGUGCAACUCGGGGAUUGCAUCGUCCCAUCAUGAGUCUUCAUGAAAGAAGUCUAAGUGUGUUAGCAUGUCGCUAUGUGGAUGAGGUUAUAAUUGGUGCACCGUGGGAGGUGUCCAAGGAUAUGAUCACGACAUUUAACAUCUCAGUAGUUGCUCAUGGAACAUGUGCCGAAAAUACUGAUUUUCAGAAGGAACAAUCAAAUCCAUAUGCGGUUCCCAUUAGCCUUGGCAUAUUCCAAGUUUUAGAUAGUCCUUUAGAUAUAACAACUACUACAAUAAUUAGGAGGAUUGUAUCAAAUCAUGAGGCAUACCAGAAACGCAAUGAGAAGAAGGGUGAGAGUGAGAAAAAAUACUAUGAGAGCAAGACUCACGUGUCUGGAGACUGA